CCGCACCUGUUGUUGAAGUGGUGUUUUCGACUGGGUAGGCUUAAUUAUUCAUCACUAAUCCUUCAAUCGCCAAGCUUUGGCAAUUCCUUUGUCGUUAGCAUGGCUGCCCCUAUAUGUAGCGUCAAAUCUGGUAGGACGAGAACUGAGCUGGUAGCCUACAACAUUACGGUCUAUUACCAGGACGCUGCCACCUUUUUCAACAAUCCCCAGCUUAGUGCCGUUAGUCCAGAUAUCCUCAAGGCUUCAGAGCCCAACGACGAUAGCGUUUACGAGCUUCUUCGUACCACGGACCUCUCUAUGUCUCCUGCACUAGCAGAGGAAUCUGCUGUCAAUGGCUUUGCCGUACUUCUGUCACUUGCACUGGGCUACGCGGAGAGGAAGGGUUUUAAGGACAAUGAAGGACUCUUCUCGUCAUUUGUGCUGAAAAUAGUACGAAAAUAGGAAGACAAGCGAUACAUGGACAGUUCAGAUCUCAGAUGCCGAACCGCAGCUCAUUGCAGAUGGGCCCAUCGCUGCUUUCGCUACAAAUAAUCAGACUCGCCAACAAACCCUCGGUCAGCGUCCCCUUGAUUCCGGUCGUGGCCGGAAUCACUAUGAAGGGCACCGCACCAAUUUUUCCCCUUUCUUUUUACAAAGUUGAGGUUACAGCCGCACUCCUCACCACUGUUGCAGGAGGGUCGA